AUGUCGUCUUCAUCACAAAAACAGUUCGAAGGCUUCUCAAUAGGAGCAACUCUUCGCGGCUAUUCAGGGCAAACAUACAUCAUCCAGGAAAUCCUUGCUGAGCGACGAACCCAGUUGUCAUGCGUAUACCGGGCGAGUGCUGAAGGCGAGAAUUUUAUCAUCAAAAACAUGAUACCAGGGGAAUUCGAGUAUCAGCAAGAAUUACAAAAACCCUUAGCUUCAUGUUCCAACUUGCGGACGGUGGUUGAUACCAUUCCAGACUUUGAGCUGUUCGUCUAUCACUUUCUAGCUGAUGACCUCCUUCAGAUAAUCCAGAGGCCCUUAUCCAAGGAGACGAGGAGAAGUAUCCUCAGAAGUGCUCUCACUGGGCUGGCUGAGCUUCACGAGAGAGGAAUCGUCCACACUGACAUCAAGCCCAAUAAUAUCCUUCUUGACUAUGAAGAGAUCCCCGGUAGUGAUCUUACUAUCCGAAGAGUUCAAAUAUCAGACUUGGAGGAUGCGGUGCUCCUCCCACCUGGGAAAAACCUGAAGGGUUGCCUUUGCGGAAACCAGCUUUGGAGAAGCCCGGAGUCUUGGGCCCGAGCACGACAGAACACCCCGUCCGACAUGUUCUCCUUCGGGCUGGUGGCGAUCUACGUGAUGCUCAACGACAUGGUCCUUCGCAUAAGCGAUGAAGAGCUGGGUGGGGACGACGCCUGGUGGCAUAUCCUCCGGAGACAUAUCUCUUAUUUCGGAAACGAGGAUGACUUGAAGGGCCUACUUCAGCAUAUUGGAGAAGAAAACCCUUUUUUCGAGCGCCUCAUUGCUCUCGCGGGAGACUUUGACGCGGAGAGGCCGAGAAAGCCCUUUACGAUGUGGCAUUACGUGGAUAUGGAGUUUAGGGACUUGAUAACGAAGAUGACGAACUUAGAUCCAGCAAGGAGGAUCAUUGCGCCAGAAGCUCUGGAGCAUCCUUGGUUCCGUCAUGCCAAUCUGGACCAGAAGAUGUAG